ACAUCAAUUGCAAGUCAUGAACAGUGGUAGCCGUAAUGGCGGCUUCAGACUUUCAGUUUCCUACCUCUCAGCGAACUGAACUUUAACCGUUGCCCCGCCCACUCAGUUGACACGCGUUUUGCCUGUUUGCAAGCAUGGCUUCUUCUGCUAAGAGGAGGGCAGUAGGUUUGGGUGAAAAUCCUGAGGAAAGUGACAACAGCUCCGAUGAGAAUCCGGAGAAGGAUGAUGAUUCCGGGGAGGAGGACAGCGAAGAUUCAGAGGAGGAGAUUAAUGAGGAGGUCAUGGUUGACUUCGAAGCCCACGCCAUUUCAGUCAACGACUUCAAUGGCGUCAAGAAACUCUUACAGCAGCUCUUCCUGAAGGCGCAUGUAAAUACAUCAGAGAUGACAGACCUCAUCAUUCAACAGAAUCACGUUGGAAGUGUCAUCAAGCAAGCUGAGGUGCCAGAAGACAGCGAUGAUGACGACCCAGAUGAAGUGUUUGGCUUCAUCUCUAUGCUCAACCUUACAGAGAGAAAGGAUGUGCAAUGUGUAGAGGAAGUAAAGGAGCUGAUCGUGGAUCAGUGUGAGAAGAAUGCUACCCACAGUGUGACGGAGCAGCUAGAGCAGAUCUUCAGUGACACCAGCAAGCCUGUGGGGCUACUGCUGAGUGAGCGCUUCAUCAACGUGCCCCCACAGAUCGCCCUCCCACUUCACACACAACUCCAGGAAGAAAUAGCUGAAGCUCAGAGGACGAAUAAGCCCAGUGGGAGGUGUCACUAUUGUCUGAUGAUCAGCAAGACCUGCAAAGAGGCAAGCAAGAGUAUUCCAGCCAGAGGAGGGGCUCCCAAAGACGAAUACAUGUUUAUCAAUGCAGAGGAGGAAUUCUUCUAUGAGCAAGCCAUCAUGAAGUUCCACUACUCUGUCCAGGAAGAGACAGACUCCUGUUUGAGUGGCAGGUGGUCGUUUGACGAUGUACCCAUGAAGCCUUUCAGGACAGUGAUGCUGAUACCAGCGGACAGAAUGCCUGCUAUCAUGGCCAAACUCAAAGAAUACCUAACUGUGUGAACUCCACAAUAAACUAAGACAUCUAUGCGCACUGAAGACCUUCAGGCUCAUGGAAAUGCUUCAAUAUACUUGUAAGAGACUGUAA